GAAAACGAAAGUAACUGCAGAAAACACACUGAUAGCAAGAGAAAGCGCUGAUCGUUGAAUUUGAUGCAUGUCAUGUCCUAGAAAACAUUUAUCAUUUACAAGCUUUUCACAAGACUCAAAAGGGGUUUUAUUAAAUUUGAUUACGGAGGAUUUUUCCUUAUUUCCGCUUCUGGUUUAUGUUGUUGUUUUCGUGACGCGAAAUCGAAAGUGUUUUUAAACAAGCAAUUUCUCAUUAAGACCAUUUGGUUAUUCUACAUGGCAGUGCAUUAGUUUGUAACUCACUUUAUUUUAUAGUGUUUUUGUUGCUGUGUCUGCUAACUGAACAUAUUUCUUCAUAUGAAGAGAGGAAGAGAAGAGAGGAAAGAUGAGUCUCUCACACAAACAGAGUGUAAGAUCAGACUCACAUGUGUCCAGCUCUGUGUCUGUGAAGAGUGACCGGUCAAAGGGUGAACCACCAUUCUUCAGUGAAGAAACACCAUCACGGACCAAACGGCUUCAGUGUGAAACAUUAGAUCCAGAUUUACAGCCUCACAGGAACCACAAGCAUUUUACAGACAGUCUCCUGCAGAUCUUCCAGGAUCUUGAGAGCAAAAUAAUGACAUUUCUGAAGAAAGAACUGGAAAAUUUUAAGAAAAUAUUACAAAAAGAAGACAAGCAAUACUUUGUGAAGGACUUUAAUGAGAACAGAUGCAGUAUGAAAGAAGCAGCUCUUGAUCUCACGCUCUACUUCCUGAGAGAGAUGAAGCAAGAUGAAGCUGCUGAUACUCUAGAAGAUGAUCUGGUCUUCAUUCAUCAGCUAAAGUGUAGCCUAAAGAAGAAGUAUCAAUGUGUGUUUGAAGGAAUUGCAAAGCAAGGUGACUCUACACUUCUGAAGAACAUCUACACAGAUCUCUAUAUCACUCAGGGUUGUAGUGAACAGGUCAAUACUGAACAUGAGGUGAGACAGAUUGAAGUUGCUUCCAGACGUCAUGAAUCACAGGAGAUACAGGUUGAGUGCAAACAUUUGUUUGAAGCACCUGAACAAGACAAGCAGAUCAGAACUGUACUGACAAAAGGAGUUGCUGGCAUCGGAAAAUCAGUCUCUGUGCAGAAGUUUGUUCUGGAUUGGGCCGAAGGAAAAGAAAAUCAAGAUAUCAGCUUCAUAUUUCCUCUUCCAUUCAGAGAGAUGAACUUAAAGGAGCAAGAAAAACUAAGUUUGAUGGACCUUAUAACUCAGUUUUUCCCAGAGACAAAAGGACUGAACCUCACAAGAAGAAAUCAGUUUAAAGUCUUGUUCAUUCUUGAUGGUUUGGAUGAAUGUCGACUUCCUGUAAACUUUAAGGAUAAUGAGACGUGGUCUGAUGUUUCAUCACCAGCCUCUCCGGAUGUUCUCCUGACGAACCUCAUCAAGGGAAAUCUGCUUCCUUCUGCUCUCAUCUGGAUCACCAGCAGACCAGCAGCUGCCAGUAAGAUUCCUCCUGACUGUAUAGACCGGCUGACAGAGAUACGAGGAUUCAAUGAUGCACAAAAGGAGGAGUACUUCAGAAAAAGAGUCACAGAUGAGAAUCAGGCCAAAGAAAUCAUUGAUCGUGUUAAACAAUCAAAGAGUCUCUUUAUCAUGUGCCACAUCCCAGUCUUCUGCUGGAUUUCAGCCACUGUUCUCCAGAACAUUUUAGAGGAGAAAAGAAAUAAUGUUGUGAAAAACAGUCAGGCUGAUGAUGCCUCCAAAACACUGCAGAAGUCAAAUACUGAAGACACUCCUAAGACUCUGACACAAAUGUACACACACUUCCUCAGAUUUCAGAUCCAGCAGAGCAGACAAAAGUAUGAUGGAGAACAUACACCAGAUGUUUCCUGGGAUAAAGAUGCCAUCUUUUCACUGGGGAAACUGGCAUUUGAUCAGCUGGAAAGAAACAAUGUGAUCUUCUAUGACACAGAUCUGGAAGCCUGUGGUAUUGAUGUCUAUAAGGCAUCAGUGUACUCAGGCAUGUGUACCCAGAUCUUUAAGGAGGAAACAGGGAUCACUCUUGGUACCAUGUACUGCUUCGUUCACUUGAGCAUUCAAGAGUUUAUUGCAGCCCUUUAUGCACAUCAGUUUCUAGACAUGAAGAAGAAAUAUGUGUUUGAUCAAGACUCUACAGAACAGAAAAACAAAAAAUUCCUUCAGAUCCUUCUUGGAAAAUCCAAAAAAAACAUGAUUGAUUUGCUCAAGACUGCAGUGGACAAGGCAUUAGGGAGUGAUAAUGGACACCUGGAUCUUUUUCUUCGCUUCCUCCUCGGUUUGUCACUCCAGUCCAAUCAGAGACUCUUACAGGGUCUGUUGACACUGGAAAAUAGAAAUGAGCAGAGCAAAGAGGAAAUAGUUCAGUACAUCAAGCAGAAAUUAGAGUCUAAUCUGUCUCCAGAGAGAUCCAUCAAUCUGUUCUACUGUCUGAAUGAACUGAACGACCAAACUCUGGUGAAAGACAUUCAGACCCACCUUAGCAAAGGCAGUCUCUCAUCUGCUGAUCUUUCACCUGCCCAGUGGUCUGCUUUGGUCUUUGUGUUGUUGACAUCAGAGGAGGAGUUGGAGGAGUUUGAGCUUCAGAAAUUCAAGAAAUCAGACGAGUGUCUCAAUAGAUUAUCAGCAGUCAUCAAAACCUGCAAAAGAGCUCUGUAA